GUGGACAGCAUUUUCAACGACGCAGCCAGCAGCAGCAGCAUGAACCAGUUCCCCGGCGUCACGAGCAUGACCGAGCUCCUCGACAAGCAGAUGCUCGUCGUCCUGCGCGACGGCCGCCACCUCGUUGGCGUCUUCCGCAGCUUUGACCAAUACUCCAACAUUGUGCUGCAAGAUACAUGCGAGCGCCACGUCGUCGGCAACACGUACUGCGAUAUCCCGCUGGGGCUCUACAUCAUUCGCGGCGAAAACAUUGUCAUCAUGGGCGAAUUGGACCAGGAGAAGGAGGCGAGCCAGGUCAACUUGAUCAAGAAGACGCCGGAGGAAGUCCUCGCCGCCGAGGCCGACCUCCACGACACGGGCGCGGUCACGGUCCGUGGCACGUGGAACUUUGACGACUAAGAACUCCUUGUCCAACAUGUAAACACACAAUAGUACAUUACUAUAGAUACGCCCUUGCUGCUUCC